AUGGCCUCUUCCCAAGACAGCGUGCCCGACCUGUGCGGCUCCGAAAUUGAAAGGUUUCUGGACGCCGUCCAGCAACACCCGUGCGUCUACGACACGAAAAGGAUGGAUUACCGGGAUGCAGAGCGGAAAAACAACGCGUGGGAGCAGAUACGCGUGUACUCCGGCCUCUUGACAGUCGAAGAGUGCCUGAAAUUAUGGAAGCGGCUCAGGGACCGAUAUACCCGUGAGUUGAAAGCCAUUGAAGCUACAAAAAGGAGUGGCAGCGGCUACGUGUCUCGGCGGGCCUGGGAAUUCACGGAGUCCAUGGCCUUUUACAAACAUUGCGGCCGUCCGAGGAAGACGACAUGCAGCCUGGAGCCAGCCACUUGUGAUGAUGGCGAGACCACCGAGACCAUCUUCGCAUCUAUGACCAAUACGCCGCCAUCACCCUCAGGCGUUGAAAGUUUCGAGGAAUCCUCCCCAGAGGAGCUGCCAAUGCCAGCAACGCCGGCAUUGGCAGAACGACCGUCGGUAGCCGGUAAACACGAGGCUGCAGCGAAGCACAAGAAAGUGAAAAAAAAUGACCACUUUGAAGAGCAGCUGUUGUCUAGACUUGACAGCCAGAUGUCAGAAAAUGAGGCAUUUGGAGUAUCUAUCGGCCUCAGCCUGGACAAGAUGCCCCGUAAGGUGGCACUGAAAUGCAAAGCCCAGAUAAUGGCACUAAUUGCACAAAUGGAGGACGAAGACAAUGUGCAAACCAUCAGCAUUAUUUAA